GGUUGCUUCGACGAUGUUUAUGAGAUAACAGGAGAAGUUUCUCAGAAGAUAAGAGACUCACUUGAAUUUCCACAAACUGGACCAAUUGGUUGCGACAAGUUCGACUCAGAUGAAAAGAUAUACUAUGUCGACCUUAACGCUGCAUACAUGAGGUUUGUCCAAUAUAUUCCGACUGGAAUUCCAAACGAAGAUGGUGAGUUCCCGGGAAGGAACUAUACAGUUGGAAAAGUCAUACAACAACUGUAUGAUAUUAGGAAAGCUUCAAACCCCAAACUUGCAAUGACACUCAAAUUGCUUAUGAAUUCGACAUGGGGAUAUUCCAUUAAGAAACCUCAAGAGAUGAAGAGUAAACAUUAUGAGAAGGUCGACAACUUUGUUGAAAGGUUUUCUCCUUUUGUUUUGAAGUACGAAUUCACUCAAGGUCAAAGUGGCUUAGUAACCACAUUAAAACCUAUUGUCGAACAUUGGUCUUACCCUCAGUUCGCAAAGGCAGUCCUUGACAACUACAACAAAUUCUUCUCCGAAGUCAAAUCCAAAGUCAAGGUUUACUAUGAGAACAUUGACGCACUCAUGACGAACGAAGAAGGAUACAACAAACUCAUUGAAAUGGGAAUGGUCGGUGAAAAGAUGGGCUGUUUUAAGCUAGAUAAGGUAUUUUCCGAAGUUCAUGUAAUAUCGAAAAGGAAAUAUUGGGGCAUACUUGAAGACGGCACAGAAAUAAAACAUUGCAUGAAAUAA